AUGGAUGAUGCAAUUCCUGCUGUUGCCGCUGGUGUUCCCGCUGCUGUUCCCGCUGCUAUCCCGGUUGCUUUUUCUUUCGAACCGUUCAACGCAGCUACUGCCAAAUUCGAUCGCUGGUUGGAACGGUUGGAUAUUUCGUUCCGAAUUGUCAAGGUCAGUGUGGAGGAUAAGCGCGAUUACUUACUGCACUACAUGGGAAGUGCAGCGUAUGACGUUCUAUGCAACAAAUUGAACGACCCCCCGCACCCGAAAACGUAUGAGGAGAUAGUAGCAUUGCUGAAAACGCAUUUCAGUCCAGCUCCACUGGAAAUUCUCGAAAACGUUAAAUUCAACAGCCGGAAGCAGAAGGACAAUGAGUCGUUGAGUGAUUACAUCAUGAAUUUGGAAAAGAUGGCCCAAACCUGCAACUUCGGGGCGCAUCUGGAUUCAGCUCUUCGUAAUCAAUUUGUGUUCGGAAUCCAAAAGCAAGAAAUUCAAUCACGGCUAUUGGAAGUGCGUAACUUGACAUUGGCAAGAGCAAAAGAAAUUGCAUUCGGCAUGGAGAUGUCACUUCGGGGUACAGAUGAAAUGCACGGUGUUGUUUCACAGCCUCAAGUACAGCACAUUGAACACGGGAAGAAGAAGAAAAAGAAAAUGUUUCGACCACCAACGGAAAAACAAGGCAACACUUCAAAUUCGUCAGGACCAAGUUGCUACAGGUGUGGUGACAGGAAUCAUUUUGCGAACAAAUGCAAGCAUCAAAACACUACGUGCAACCAUUGCAGAAAGAAGGGGCAUCUCGAAAAAGUAUGCCAGUCGAAAAUAAAUGCUAAGAAGGAAAAAAAGGAUGCACAUCACAUCGAGGACCUGCCUGUCGUGAAGGAUAUUUUCCAUCUGCGGAGCAUGCGUGGAUCGACUGACAAAUUUUUGUUGGAUCUACCGGUUAAUGGGAAGAAGUUGACCUUCGAGGUGGAUACUGGAUCACCCGUUUCCCUCAUCAGUGUGACGGACAAAAGACGUCAUUUUUCGAACUUGAGCGUUCACCCAACGAGUACUAAGCUGGUGAGUUAUUGCGAUACAGAUAUCAACGUUUUAGGUAAGAUAUUUGUAAAUGUUUCAAAUGGUGAUGAGUUCACGUUGCCCUUACACGUCGCGGAGUCGAACAGACACCCAUUGAUCGGUCGUGAUUGGUUAAUUGAAUUGGAUAUAGAUUUAAAUCGCGUUUUCAAACCCGGUAAUCAUUCAGUUUCACAUACAGAAAAUUUUCAACCGUCGACUUUUAGCGCUUUGAAGGAUCUGCUGGGCAAAUACCAUCGAGUGUUUGGAGACGAUGUGGGUAAAAUAACUGGGGUUCAAGCUUCUUUGACUUUGCGUACCGAUUCGCAACCAGUGUAUAUAAAGGCUAGGUCAGUAGCAUUUUCCGUACGUAGUGCCGUCGAUAGAGAGAUCGACAAAUUCGUGAAAGAUGGUAUCUGGGAGAAGGUAGAUCACUCCGUGUGGGCCACUCCGGUUGUUCCAGUUAGGAAAACGGGUGGUAAGGUAAGAUUAUGCGGAGACUACAAGAUCACCGUCAAUCCUCAUUUACUGAUAGAUGAUCAUCCACUCCCCACAGUAGAUGAAUUAUUUGCUACCGUCGCUGGGGGAGAAAGGUUCUCAAAAAUCGAUUUAUCACAAGCUUACUUACAGUUGGAAGUUCGGCCUGAGCAUAGAGAUCUUUUAACAUUGAGUACACAUCGCGGACUUUUUCGCCCGACCCGGCUGAUGUAUGGGGUGGCUUCGGCGCCUGCCAUAUUUCAGCGGCUCAUGGAACAGAUUUUCCAGGGCAUACCUGGCGUUACAGUAUUUAUCGACGAUAUUCGUGUUACGGGUUCCGAUGAUGUAACUCACCUUCAACGCUUGGAGGAAGUGCUAAAACGUUUAGACUUGCAUGGCAUGCGAGUCAAUCGUAACAAAUGUGACUUCUUUUCCGAGAAAAUAGAGUAUUGCGGUUAUAUGGUGGAUAAAUGCGGAGUACAUAUGCUUCGUAAGAAAAUAGAUGCUAUUCAAGACAUGCCGGUUCCAAAAGAUAAGGAACAAAUUCGUUCGUUCGUAGGGCUGGUUAGCUACUACGGAAGAUUUUUUCCAAAUCUAAGUACAAUACUUUAUCCUUUGAACAAUCUUUUAAAAGACGAUGUUCCAUUUGUAUGGAGCAAGGAAUGCGAAAAAUCUUUUAAUUUGGUCAAAAGGGAAAUGCAGUCGGAUAGGUUCUUAGUGCACUACCCAGGUAACCAAUAA